ACCACUAAGAUGGCGACCAGUAACAGCCUGGACGAGGUGUUGUGUACAGACGUUGAUCCGAGUGCUGUCACUGCCAUUGUAGGCUCUCCUGAGACUCAGUUAGCUGCAUCAGCGAAAACUGCAGCAAAUCAACCUGUUAAUGCUAGUGUUAAUGGAGGGAUAAACAACAACGUGACAGUAGUAGUGGAAAGCAGAACUAACUGCGGUAAAAUAGGGGUCAGAGGCCCGGCGGUGAGCAGUGGUGCAGUGUUAGCAGGGAAGGUAGUGUCGGGCGUGGGAGCUGGGCAGUGUAUUGGGCAGACUACCGUACGUGCGGGUGUGGUUUGGGGAGACGCGGGUGGUGGUGCCUCCCUACAGGGGGGUCCUCAGGUCUCCCUCAGUACCAGCAAGGGCGCCGCCGCGGGCGUCAAGCCGGUGUAUGGGGUGGCCCCGACGCCCAUGACAGGCGCCCAGGGCACGCAGGUGGUGAACGGGGGCGUGACAGGGGCGGGCACAGGAGGCGCCCCCCAAGUUAGCCUGCAGGCCCAGCUGGCGUUGAAGGGACUGAGCAAAGUGGUGACAGCGGCAGGGUCGGUGGGCCAGACGGCAGUCAUCAUGUCCAAGCCUGGUACAGUGACUGCCGUGCCCUCCACUGGCGCCCCGGGCACUGUACCCAUUCCCCAUGGCAUGCAGAUCAUCAACAUGCGCCCUGGCCAGGCCAUCAAGACCACCCAGGGCACCACCAUCGCCCCCAGGAUGAUCCUCAACCCGGCUCAGGUUCUACCAGCAGGCAUUAGGGCUGGACAACCCGGGCAAAUUACCCUUGGUUCUCUGCAAGGACUACCUCCUGGGGCACAGGGCCACUUACUGGUAAAAACGGAGAAUGGUCAACUUCAGUUACUCCGUGUCAACACUGCAGCUGCUGCCCCUGGCCAGCUAUCUGCCAAUGUUACCACUACUACGGCAUUGCAACAAGCUCCUAAUGCCUACAGAUUCCAGCCCCCACAAGCUGGCACGGUCGCGGUGAGGUCCGUGAUGGUGUCGUCCGCAGCCGCACGUCCCGCCACCAUCAUCCUCCAGUCACAAGCCAGUAACACAGCCGCACUAUCUACGGCCACCACAACCACCACCAUAGCUACGCAGGCUGUCACAGCCGUCACCCCCACCUCUAUAGCUGUCACCCCCGGCACUACGGUUGCAGGCUCAAUCGUAGCUCCAACGUUGACCACUGCCACUCCUACCACACAAGCCUCUCAGCCUGCUACUGUUGGCUCUCAAACUAUCUCAGCGGAAUCAGCAAAAACAAAAUGUAAAAACUUCUUGGCCACGUUAUUAAAAUUAGCCAACGAGCAGCGGGCAGCAGUGGCCCGGAAUGUUCGCAACUUGAUUCAGGGUCUAAUUGACGGUAGAGUGGAACCAGAAGCUUUCACGGAAGAGCUACAAAAAGACCUCAAUUCUUCUCCACAACCAUGCCUUGUUCCUUUUCUCAAGAAAACUUUACCCUACCUGCGGGUUUCGUUAGCACGGCAGGAGCUGACCAUAGAUGGUGUGCGGCCACCACCACUAUCAGCAGUCACUCCUGUCCCAAAUGUCACCACUGUUAUACCCACUAUGACUGUUGCUCGUCCUGUUGCCCCCACCACUUCUGGGACAGUCCGUAUGGUACCCCCUUCAACUGUUUCCUCCACCACUGUUGUACAACGGCCUGUAAAUGCCACUCAAGCACCUGCAAGAGUAGUCACUCAACAAGUGCAGCAGGUACGAGUCCAAGGUGGCAAGACGGUGGUGACGACAGUUCGUCAAAACACUCCAAAUGCUAAUGCCACCAGCAACACCCUAAAUGCCACCACAAACUCAGUACCUACUGCUACCAAAACCAUAACAGUAAAUAAGGCACUCCCUACCAAAGAUAAAGACAAGACUAAAGAUAAACUAUACACAUACAGCAGUUCCUAUUCUUCUAGCGGGGCCGCAGAUGACGACAUCAAUGAUGUGGCUGCGAUGGGUGGAGUUAAUUUAGGGGAGGAAUCCCAAAGAAUCCUCGACUCCACGGGGUUUGUCGGCACACAAAUACGCUCGUGUAAAGACGAGAAUUUCCUCUUAAACACUCCACUAACUGAGAGAAUAAAACAAAUAUGUUCAAAAUAUGGUUUGGACGAUGCGCCAAAAGAUGUAGUCGCCCUCGUAUCACAUGCAACACAGGAGCGCCUUAAAACUAUUGUCGAAAAGUUAGCAGUCAUCUCAGAUCAUAGAUUAGAUAUUAUUAAGCAGAGUGAUAGCCGCUAUGAGGUUCGACAAGAUGUGAAAGGUCAGCUUCGUUUCCUAGAAGAAUUAGAUAAGAUGGAGAAGAAACGUAAGGAUGAACGAGAGAGAGAUAUGCUGAUGCGAGCGGCGAAAUCUAGAAGUAAAUCGGAAGACCCUGAACAAGCUAAAUUAAAAGCAAAAGCAAAGGAGAUGCAGCGUGUUGAAAUGGAGGAGAUGCGACAGAGAGAUGCCAAUCGUACCGCUCUGAAUGCAUUGCAAGGACCCAAGAAGAAGCCUAAACUUGAUCUGUCGAUGGUUGAUGAUGGUGCAACUUUUAGUGGAACAUUCACCCAAAAGUCGAUGCCUCUCCGACCACGCAUCAAGCGGGUUAAUAUGCGAGAUCUCAUGUUUCUGAUGGAGCAAGAGAAGGAGCUUAACAAGUCAACACUCCUCUAUCGGUCUUACCUCAAGUAGCCAGCGUGGGUGAGUGCCAGGUGAAACUGCCUCUCCUUUGCCCUGCCUGCCCGCCGUGCCUACCACGACCGCUGCUUCACCUGCACCACCACUAGCCUAGUGAGGCGUGUUAACACUGCCAUUGUGGGAGCGGUGGAGCCUGGAAGACACAAUCCGUAGCUCCAGUGCAACUAAAGUGGUAGUAGCACCAGAAGGCAGAAGAUCUGUGAUUCUCUCAUGCAGCAUUGCAAGUGUCUUAAUUAUUUUCAUGCCUGUGGCAUGGUCGCUCCACCGGGACUGUGAUAGGGCUGGAGCCUCACUGUGUGUAAUUAGCCCAAGUGAUACUCAGACUGUUGUACACAACUUGAGUACGCCUAUGGCAGCACCCGUGACAGAAACGAGGUGCAGCAGCAGUGGGGUCGGAGAUAUAAGACAUUCAUACUGAAGUGCUGUUGCCACUGUAACUUGCAGCCAGCCACCAGCCCUCCACCACUUCAGCCCAAUCUAAGUGGACUUGCGUAUAUAGUGGCUUAUACACCAGUGAAGGUACAACCAAACCUUUCUUUUAUUCCCAAAAUAUAUAGUAUCAACCCUAUUUUGUGCAUGAACUGUAUAAAUAUUUCUUGGAUAGGAAAAAUCUUCAAAUAUUUUUAUCUGAUACACAUCGUUAAAAUGUUAAUAAGAAAAAUGAAUGAAAACUUUGAUACACAGCCUCUGUAGAUAUUGUACAGUUUUUAAGAAUUGAGGCCUUUUUGUGUUGAUGUAUUGUUCUUGUAAAAUACCACAGAUAUAUGGUUUGUCUAUUGUACACAAAUUAACAGAGACCAGCAGCUAAGAACAUUCUACUUCUUCAAAUUAAAUACCUUCAUUCAAGAGUAGUCAGACACCCGGGUAUUCCCACACAACAUGGGUCUUCCAGGGACAGCAAAGUUGCCAAAGACAUAUGCUCGAAUUUUGCAGUUUGGUUAUCUUGUGGUGGGGCUGCUUUAUCAAGAAUAGUUUUGUGUUCUUGGUUGUUGGUCUUCAAACCUUAUUUAUGAAUCCCUAAGACUGAUGUCAGGUCUUUGCCCCAAGGAAUGAGUGUUGCCAAAGUUGUCUGUAUGAUGCAUGCUUCAUGCUGGGAUUGCUACAUAAGCAAAAAUCCUUUUUGGAUUUUUUUUUCUUUUUUUUUUUAGUGAACUUUAUUGAAAAAAUUUUAUGGAAGAAUUUAUUAAUAUAUUUAAAUUCUAUUUGUAAAGGAUGUAUGCGCAUCAUUUGUAAAUUGUUGAACACAACUAUAAAGUGCAGAGACAGCUUAUUGUGCAAAUUAUCUUGAAACUUGUGGGCCAUCAUUUACAAUUUGACAUUUUGUAAAAUAAAUACAAUAUUGGUUUUGAAUUUCAGUGAGUUUAUGUAAGACAUUUUUUCUUUAUUUAAUAAUUUUUAUUUAUAAUAAAAUAAUCAGUUAAGUGUUUUUUUCAUUUAUUGAGUACCGUAUGUGUAUUAAUAUUCAUUGACUAUGGUUCAAAACAAAAUAUUUAUGUGUAACAUGCAAGGAAACCCACAUGAAGCUUGCUCUUGUCAAGGAGUUGAAAGUUGUGAACACAUGCACUUUGUUCUGAGGUUGAGUUAUAAUCCACUGAGAGUGAAUCAUUCUGGAUGGUAUAUGAAUUUUUGAAUGGUUGUUUUGUUAAUUUACAGGGUAGAGCAUUGAGGACCAAGUUAUGGUUUAAUUAAAUACUAAUUGCCAUUUUUUUUUUAGAAGUUUUGUUAAGGACGUGUCUACCUGUUCUUUCCAUUAAUGUCAUUGUUAAAUUUCAAUCGUUUGUAACUGAGGGGUAGUGAAAGGAUCCUUACUCUUACUCAUCAAAUGUCUGUGAGUUAGCACAACUCUCCAUCUUCUUGAACCUGGGAAUGUAUUGUCUGGAGUCAGAGUGUGCCGUCCUGAGAUAUAAGGGCAAAUGUAUCCAAGGGAUAGAAGGGCAAAUGUAUCCAACAGAGAUAGAAAGACAGAUGUAUCCAGUCUCUCUCCUCUUCUUUCUACUCUCUCUCCUUCUCUCUCUCUCUCUCUCUCUGACUUGAAAGUGUAAAGUUAUUGAAGAGGACUGUUUGGUGUAAAGUUAUCCUCAUAAUUACCACAGAGAAGACAGUAUCCAAACAUCUUUGCUGAAGCAGGACUGGAAGAAUUAUUUAGUCCUUUUUUUAUAAGGAUCACUUUCCCCGGGGAUUAAUUGCUUUAACAUGGCUUCCAUAAAUUUGUUGACAUCUCCCAGUUGUUGAAUGUUUUUCACCAAGUUGACAUGCUUGUGGGUGCUUCCCAUUAUAAACUGGUUUAUUGGGGUUAAUUGGUUGGCAUUUUUUGCCACCAUCACUUUACUGUCGUGAGUUAAGCAUCAUUGUUUGUCAAUUUUGGGUAGACCAUCACCAACUUGGCGAAGUUAGGUUGACCAUCGCCACUGAACAGCCUUGGGUUGAUUAUUACCACUUGACAGUCUUGGGUUGACCAUCACCUCUUGACAGUCUUGGGUUGACCAUCACCUCUUGACAGUCUUGGGUUGACCAUCACCUCUUGACAGUCUUGGGUUGACCAUCACCUCUUGACAGUCUUGGGUUGACCAUCACCUCUUGACAGUCUUGGGUUGACCAUCACCUCUUGACAGUCUUGGGUUGACCAUCACCUCUUGACAGUCUUGGGUUGACCAUCACCUCUUGACAGUCUUGGGUUGACCAUCAUCCCUAAUUAGCUGUCUCGGGUUGACCACUACCACUUUGCUGUUUUACGUUGACCAUAACCACAUGGCUGUUGUGGGUGGACCAUGACCACUUGCUACCACUCACAGUUAUCGACCAAGUUUUAUGUGCAUGAAAGCACUUUUAUUUUGUUAUAGCAUGUUCUUAUAUUAAGUACAUUUGAGAAAAACAAAAGUUGCAUACAGAAGUGUCUUCAUGUAUCAUUGUUGAUAAUGUGUUGGGUAUUGACAAGUAAGAUCUCUCUUUUCUACACUCAUGUUGGGUAUAGCCCUCAUGCCCAAGUUCCUUUCAGCAAUACUGUAUAUGGAAAAUUCCCUCAUUUUAGUUACACUUAAUUUUAUUUACCCAGGAUACUUACUGGAAUUUCAUAUAAAACUGUGCUGUAAUUUAUUGUGUUAAGAGACAUGUAAAGGGAUUAGAGAUGUUUAUUAAUAUAUUUUUUAUUUUACUUUAUUUUUUCUUCUGUGCAAAAAAAAAUCUAUAUUCUUAAAUACAGAAAGUUUCAAUUGAAGGUGGUUAGAAGGUUUAAAGUAUGAAAGGCUUUGGCAGGCUAGUCAAUAUUGGCAAACUUCAAUAAUUAAUAUUCAUUCCCUGCUUUAGUUUUUUAAGUACAUUGGGAUAAGUGUGAAUAAAUAAGUAGGAGAUUGAGUAGUACAGUAUAUUUUCAUUCUAAGUGCUUUUCUACGUCAUUAUCUGUUUGGGAUUGUCUUCUGAGCAGGUUGGCUAGACUUUUGAUUGUCUUGGGUAAGAGAGUUUAAUAUAUUGCACAUGUCAUCCUUGAAAUAAAAGAUAUUUAAAUUGUAAUGAACUAGGUUUUGACAAAAAGGGUGUUUGUUAUGCACUUAAGUUAUUGAAAGACAUUAAAUAACUCGUGAUUCUGAUGAUAUUUUGACUCAAAUUGUUAUAUGAAAUUUGGUACAGUAUUGAUAUCUAACAUUUGAAUGAGAAAGGCUAUUAUCUGAGUUUGACUGUUGUCUGCAGAAAUGCAGAUGAUUUAAUGACAAUGCAGUACAGUUUGUAUAUUUAAAAAAUAUUUAAGUUUGCGAAUUGAAUGUUUUUAUUGGAUUUUACUUAAAUAACACUCCAAAGUAUUUAUUUUUAUUUCUGUAUUUAUAGUAUUUUACAUCAGUUUUCAAAUCACUGAUUUUGCAAACAAGAUGACGUGGGACAUUUUAGUGUCCUACUCAGUCGGUCACUAUUUUACACCCUUGUCACAAUAAGUCUUGGUUACUAAGUUGGACAUCCAUUCUAUGUCUGUGCUCUAGUUCAGUGACUCUUUGAGUGUUUUUUCAUCGAGGGUAAUGGCUAAACAUUCUUAAAUUUGUUUUGAGUAUGAAGUGUGGCACUUUUAGCAGUUUGAAACUGGAAGUUGAUGAUUUAUGACUGCUCAUUUCCUGUGUUUAACACAUCCUCUUGGGCUUUAUUAAUUAUAACUAAACAUCAGGCGUUGCCAGUGGUGUAGCACCUGUGUUUUGUUUAGUUGGACAUUUUAUAUUCUGAGAAAGACACAAAGUUUCAAAUAUUUGCACUGUAAAGGCACCAUGCAAAUUUUGUAGAUUCUUUUUGUAAUACAUAUAUUGUAAUAGUUUAGACCAAUGCAGGUUAAUAUUUUUAUAUAAAUUAUUUAUCACUCCAUUUAAUAAAAAUCACAUCCAGAUUAUUGUGUUUUGCAUGACUGUGUUACAUAAAGCAUGAAUUGACUGUUUACGAGGCAUAAGUUUUAUGAUUAAAACACGAUAUACUUAUUUCCGAUGGCACAAGCUCAACACAGUACUGUAACAUCAGCUGUCACGAAAACAUAUUUAGGUCUUGUGAGAUGAGCACAAUACAAUGCAUUCCUCAGGUUAGCUCACAGGAGUUGUACACAAGUUGACCCAGACAUGAUUCCUUUUUCCUUACCUUUUCACACUGCUACAGGGUGACCAGAACCAAGAACAAAAGUAGAUUACUUUAACUUGCCCUUGCCAAUUCAAUCCGUGGCAUCCCCAUAGAUAACAUAUCAUCACGCUCUCCUUUCAUUCACAUCUGCUGCUUUCUGGAUGGCCAGUCCCCUCACUUAUAAUACUUCUUUUACCACAUCCUUCUAUCUCCUUUGCUUUUCUCUCCUUCUCUUACCUUCUUAUUCUUUACAUUCUAUUCACUUUACAAAUUGCUCUCAAACAUGUCAUUUUUGUCACUUUUAAUUUGCCUUUUCCUCUCACAUCCAGAGUCCAUGCUUCAUUCCCAUAUAGUGGGGUUACGUUAACAGUUCCUCGAUACAUCCCCAGCUUUGCUUCCUUUGAUACGCUUCUCUUAAGGCAUACUCGUAUAUUACUUUCUUUCCCUGCGUUGCUUUGUGAUUCAAUACUUCUUCCAUUUUCCAAUAGUAGACACAUCCACUCAGAUAUACAGUACAGUAUAUGUGUAUUCUGAUGUAUACUAAUGCCUGUCUUCCUCCUUUAUCUAUUCUUAUAACUAUUGUUUACAUUCAAUCAACUUUCUCUUUGUACUUAAAUUUUCAAACUUAUUAACUCGUAUAAAUAGAAUUUUCUUCUAAUUCUCUAACAAGGGCUAUAUCACUUGCAAAUAGUUUAUGAUUCACCUCCCAUGUGCAACCUGUAUUCCUUGUUAUCAAACUUGCUCUUUGUUCCAAAAUUUUUGCUUCUCAUACUAACCCAUUCAUGAAAAUAUUUUAAGAACCAUAGGAGUACUGUAUAAUACACUCAAUAUAAGACUUUUUUUUUUUUAUCAUAUUCGCCACUUAUCAGCUUACUAGCCGUUUGGGCGGUUUAUCCAGUGUUAGUACAGGAGGGGACCGGGAAACCUGUGGUGUUUGGUCGGGUCACACUGGAUAACACCCUUCUCACAUGUGUCCCGGGCUAACACCCCUUACAGUAGAAACCAAUUUCCCUUUGCUUGACAUACUCCAACAAAUUUCAUUUUCCUAAGAGUGACAUUAAACAGUUUUCCAUUUAUCUCAUACGAUUUUAAUACAUCUUUCAUUGCUUUUCUAUCAAUAAUUUUUAAAUGUUUUUUCUUGGUCCAUGAAUACCACAAAUCGAAUCUUUUUUCAAUAACUAUUCAAUCAUGUUCUGUCAUGCAACUGCUUGAUCUGCAUAUCCUCUUCUCUUUCCCUCAAAAAAUAUUCUGCUAUUAUUUUCUCAGUAAUAUCUUAUGUACUGAAUACUUUCCCUGGCAUACUUGACUGACUAAUUCCCUUGUAACUUUUGCCCCCAUUCUUAUCAUCUUCCCCUUUAUACAAAAUUACACACAUUCUUGACAGUACUCUUCCCUUGUCAUCCAUUCCUUCAAGCUUUCCUCCUCACACCCUUUACAUUUUCACAGUGAGUGCGUCUAAUCCUUACUUUUCUUACGUCUUUUACUUCAAGGAUUUUCAUUGCUCCAUGUCCUAAAUAUGAUACUAGUUCUAUUUGUCUCUCAUCUGUUAUAUUCAGAAUUUGUCCAAAAUAUUUUUCCUACCUCUAUUUUACUGCUAUUUCCAUUUGUACUAGUCAGGUCCCAUCAGAACAGUUCUCUUUCUCUAGCUUUCAUUGACACUGCUUUCACUUUCUUUUGUCAUUUUCUUUACUUUGCAUUUAAUUCAUCUACAGUAUACUCCUUCCACUUUCAUCACUUCCUUUCUUGCAUAAUAUUUUCAUUAAAUACCCGGUACCAAUCAAUUAUGUUCGACACAUUUUGGAUCCUCGUACAUAGUAAAAUGAAAAUUUCCUCAUAAUCAGCCAAUUUUAUUAAUGAGGUGAACAUCUUGAGACUACUAGUAAAAUUGACUUAUUCAUAAUCCCUCUAUCGAAGAACUGAAGAGACCACAGAAUAUGAUCAUCUCGGAAUACUUUUUUGAGUCGAGGCCAGACUGGGUUAGCUUGGCAUUCAUCACUAAAAUACAGUCAAGGUUGGUUACAGAUUCUAUGAAAUUUUCUUACCAGUAAUUCUUUUCUCCAGUUAUUGUACAUCUUCCUCUUUCAAGGAUUAAAGCCUGCAGAUGAUGUUUCUCCUUGUUUGAAUCAAAUAUCUUUACGUAUCACCAUCUGAAAUAAGAAUUACUAUUCCAAUCAUUAAGAAACUUUAUAUCUUAUGCUUAGUUCAAAUGUGGAAAUCAUACAAGCAGCAGUUGUAUCCAAAAACAAUAGUGUACACACUCUACUAUCCACAGAUUAUCUGACAUUGGUACCGACUGUCUGUGGUUCUUAGUCAACCACUAUUCACAGUUUAUCAGCCAUCCACAUCUCAAAUUAGAUUAUCCAAAGUAUUUAUGCAUCAAAUGUCCGAGAUAUAAUGGGAUUGUGAUCUCGACCAAUCCAUCAAAGUUAACUUUCACACACAAGCUGAGAAUCCUUUGUAGUGAAUAACAACCAAGUGUUGGCCAGUAGAUAUUUACGAAAGGUAUUAAAUCAAGUGAAGUUAUUGGUGAAGAGAGAGUGAGUGAUUUAUUUAGUAAUUGUGAAUUUGGGCCAGUUAUGGUAUACAAAAUUAGUACUGAAUGAUUAAUACUGUAAAACCAAGUCCUUUCAAUUAUAAAGAUGGUGAUCAAUUAUUUAAUAUGGUAAAAAAAAUCUAAAUUAACACAUUUUGAAUAAUAAUUGUAUGCUUUAUGAUUGAACUUAGGGAUGUAAAUUGUACAUUUAUUUCAAGAUUUAUAGCUUAAAUUUUCAUUUUAAACCAAAGUAGCAAUGACUGAUGAAAUAUUGUAAUACACUGCAUAGUACUGACAAGUAAAGUAUUGUAUUCUGUACCUCUUUGUGAAGUGUGGUCAUGUCAUGCAUUGUGGAAAAAUUUAUGGUGUGGAUAACUUACGUAUCGGUACAUCACAGAAUAAAUAUUUCUCUUCCAUCGCCUGUACGUUCAAAGUAAAUGAAAUAUUCUACUUCAUAAAUAUUAUACGAAAAUGUAUGUACAUACAGUACUGUAUUCAUUUUAUGUAGAAUUUAUGCAUUGGUUUUAAUGCAUUAAUACAAAGAUUUGAGAUAUUAAAUUAUUUCUAACAAUACUGUAAUGGGAUUUCUUUUAUAUAAAAACAGUUAGUUGGUGUGUAGUACACCAGAUGUGACAUGGAGCUCUCAUCUUACUCCCUUAGGGUAAUAAAGCUAUAUAAUUAAAUUAACCUUUUCUAGUUGACUGCUAAAUGGAACCAGGUUCACUAUUGUCAAAUUUUAUCAUCCACUGGAGGUCAAACCUCGGCUAUACCACGGAUAGUAGAGAGUUUUUUACAUCACUAAAUUUGAAGUCAGAAAAAUGAUACUGUACUUUAAAUUCUGCAGAAAUAAUGUGUACAAUUUGAAAGGGAUGUACAGUGUAUAUUUAUUAUACACUGAAAUCCAUUAAUAUUCAAGACUUGAUUUCCAGUCUGGCUUAGACAUGACAAAGAACAUAUUGGAAGCUGAAACUAUUAGAGAAUAUGGGUCUCUAUAUAAAAGUUGGUCUUUUUCAAAAAAAUUAUUUUAUUUUUUCUACUGUAGAUAUUUUUUAUCAUGUUAGUUACCUAGCUAUCUCAAUUUUGUAUCUAAAAUAUUAAAUUACCCAUAAUCAAUCCCUUUAUUACAAGUUGAGAGAGAAUUCUGGGUGUUUGCUGCAGAGGAUGCAAGGCUUGAGGAUGGCACUCUUUGUGCCAACCACAUCAGUUACUGGAAAAGGAUUUAGGUGUCUGCAAGAAACAAAUGUUCAUGAUUUUUUUUUAUUGUAUUUGCUUUAGUGGCCUAUUGGGGAACCUAUGGUUUCCAAUAAAACAGUUUUUUUAAA